UCAAGGGAUACACCAUCGAUGGUGUUCUUUUGGGGCUGGCAAGAGGUUUGUCAUCCCUUGGAAGGUACCUGAUGCCUUUGCAGAAACCCUUGACCUUCUCAAUGUCUUAAUACAGAUUGUUUAACGGUUAAGGUCUGAGGAAUGGCAACUCCUUUGGAUGUCAAUUUUCCCUAUUUUUCGACAUCUGGCAACCUCAUUUCAAUAUGGUGGUCUAAAUACCUGUUUAUGACUAGUGGAGCUAUGCUUCGGCUGAAUAAUGUAUCCUACUUAGCAAUUUUGUCUUUCAUUUCUAACAGGGACCACAUUAACUCCCAAGCUACUUGUGAAUCUGAUGGCAUUGAUCAUUUGGCUGCUGGCUUGUGUUACAGUUCAUGAUCAAAAAGAGUGUUGUUAAUGCUUCUGCUUGUGGCAACAUAUUCACACGGCAUAGAUUUGAAGCCCUUUCUUCCUUGGACCGUGAAUUUAAAGCUGGGGACAUAAAUAGCAUGAGAUUGGGUGGUUCUAAUGUAAAUUCAUAAUUGAUUUCUGAAGAUAUUCUCUACUCUUCUGGUGGACCAUGUACAAUCUGAUUAUGAAACUUCGAUUGUAUGCAAAUGCAAUUACUUGUCGUCCAUUAUUAUCUUCAAUUCAUUUCAAAGCCAUCCAUUAGAAAGUUCACUGUUUUAGUGGGUAUUGUAAGGAGGUAAGAUUUCUACGAGGACUGGAAGAUUGCAUUUUCUCAAUUUAAAACUCCAGUAAGUGACUGAGCCAUUGUCAAAGAUCAUGAGUAGCGAUAGUAUCAUUACUUUGAAACAAAGUGAAUCUCAUAAAGGAGUAUCGCUGUCUUCUUGUAAUGCCCCCUCUUCAAUUCAUAAUCUAUUCAAUGCUGAAUCAAAUGGCCAAAAGGUGCUGGAUAAGAGCUUUUCAUCCACUCAUCCAUCCUUGAAUGUACAAUCAGAGUCACUUGGUUCAUCCAGACCACAGCAAGGACCUGACCUAAGAUGUUAAGCCCACACUCUAAUCCAAGCAGUCCUAUUUCUUAUAGCUCUCAUCCCCGAGACCCCAAACAGAUUUGUUCUCAAUCUUCUUCUUUCUGUACCAAUCUGUACUUAUCAUCUUCAACAAGCUCAGAGAUCCAUUGGCAGCUCGGCAACCUACCCUUCCUUCCUCAUCCUCCGAAGUGGGACCAGCCUGUAUAUUCAAAGUCUCCAUUGAAUUUGGGUGAGGUUCUAGGUGAUCAAUGGGAUGAGGGAGACUGCUCAGAGGAUCUGAUGAAAGACUUCCUUAAUUUCCCUGGGGAUGCUUCUAACGGCAACUUGGAUGAUGAGACUUACACAAGCAAAAGUUUAGCAUUUACAGAACAACUGGACCUACAGAUUUUGUCAGAGGAGCUCGACAUAGCCAUCACAGGCAAUGGGGAAAAUCCUGGGCUGGAUGAAAUUUAUGAAAUGCCUCAAGUUCCACCUGUCCCAGUAGUUGGAUCUAAAUGCAAUGAUACCCAUCAGCAUCUGGUCUCUCUUGCAGUUCAAAUCCCUUCAAGCCCCUCAACUUCUGUGGCCGCAGCUCUAAACAAGCCACAGUUGAGAUGGACGCCUGAGCUCCAUGAGCAUUUUGUGGAAGCUGUUAACAAGCUUGAUGGGGCUGAGAAUGAGCAUAUAAUUUCUUCUUUUCCUUUUUCCUUUUUCCUUUUUUGUCAAGUAAGGUCAGUUCUCUGGACCGGAUCCAAGGCAACUCCUAAGGGCAUAUUGAAGCAAAUGAACGCUCAAGGUUUGACAAUCUAUCAUGUAAAAAGCCAUCUACAGAAAUACCAAUUUGCCAAGUAUCUUCCGGAGGCAAAAGAAGAGAAAAAGGCUUCAUCUGAAGACAUGAAGGGAGCUUCUAUUGGUACUAAAUCUGAUCCACGCAUCCAAAGGGGUAUGGAAGUUGCAGAGGCUCUAUGCAUGCAAAUAGAGGUCCAGAAACAGCUUCAUGAACAGCUUGAAACAAGGCAACAAGGAUCUCCAUUCUUAACGGAGCUGAAGCAGAGACUGUUGCUUCCUUGGGGUGAGGCUGCACUGGCUGGGACUUGAUACAACAUGCCCCUAGUAAACUCCCUUAUGCUUUACGUAGGAAUGUAGUUACUUGAACUAUGGUUUAUUAGCAGCUCGAGCUGAGAUAUUCAAGGCUGUGGGGGGCUCUGAUAAUCCAUGCAUUUUGGAUGGUUAUCAUGGGUCUUAUACAUACGGCGGAUCGGUGUAUGAUGUGUUGGCUUCACAUUCUGGAUCCAGCUUUAUCAAAUGCAGGAGGGAUGCUGUCAAUGCUCUCAAAGUUAACAAAUCAAUAUGUACAUGAAUUACACAUUUGGAGGUGUAUGGAACGGUGGUGGUGGAGUUGGGUAGAAAAACCUAUUUGUAGCCUCUUUUUUCUUUGACAUAACUUGCCCGCACCUGCAAUGUCAAUGCCUUCAGUGAGCCUUCUUCUGGAGGCAAUGUUACUUAAAGCGAAGUUGUUGGAGGAGUUUGGUCGAGCUAAAGGUAAUAGUUUUUAGUCUUCGGUAGUUCAUAAGUUUCUGAAAUGAAUGGUGAAACACUGAUGUCUGCUUUGCCAUUCUCACUGUUCAAUUGGUUAAAGCUUUGUUUGGACAGGACACCUUCCAAAAUUAGGAUUGUGUUAUAUAAUUCUGAUUUUUACAGAUGAAGAAUCUUCCUGCAACUGCUCAGCUGACAUGAAUGAAGUUAGGUUAAGAGUUGUUCUAUGUGGCAAGUUUUUAUAGGAUAUGGUGCCACUGGCUAUAAUUCCUCGAAUGCCACAAUUCCUUGGAGUGAUUUGGAGAGUGGAGAUGAAAAGAAUGAUUUAAAGCUCAAAAAAUUACUAAAAGAAGAUUUGGAGACUUGGAGGUGAUUAACGAAGAAUUCAAGUACCAAAGAUCCAAGAAAACCAAGUGCAUGCAGAGGAGAGAUAAAAGACUGAGGAAAUCACAAAGAGUUACAACAGAAAUAACAGACUGUACGGUGCUACCUAAGGUUGGUUCGGUUCAACUGAAUGUGCAUAAAAUAGUUCAGAAAGAAAUUAUGAUUUUUAGAGUUAAUUCGGCUCGACAUUCGGUCCGAUGGAAGUUAGGUUUGAGGUCAUCGAAGUGAUGUUUGGUUCGACCUAAGGAAGACAGAGACUUUAGAUAAAAAUUGGAGCAAUUCGGCUACAACUGAGAGUUAAUUCGGUGCGUCCGAAGGCUAUGUUCAAUGUAACCGAAGCAUAUCGUCAACUACAGCUAAAGCGUAACAAAAGUGCGUAAAUUGAAGUCGGUUUCGAAUCGGUGCUGAUUUUUCCUAUUUAAAAGAAUGUUUUAGGCUUUCUAGAGUACGAAUUAAGGUAGAAGGGGUAGAUCAAGGAGUUGUGGAGCCUCGAUGAAGUCCUCCUCCUUAAAUCUUUCAAUUCUAGUUAGUUUUUAUA